UUGAGGAGAGCCAUGACUCAUCUUGUGCACACUUUCCAAUCAGAACUGAAAACUCUGACAGACACGGAACUAACCAGGAUGAGACAAUAUAAAGAGUCCGUCACCUUUGACUCAGCUACAGCUGGCAGCUACCUUGUGGUGUCCGACCAUGGGAAAUGUUUGAAGUACAACAAAGCUGCAAGCCCCCCAUGGUCUGACGACCCAGACAGGUUCAACCAACCCAUGAUUUUAGGGACGAAGGGCUUCACCUCUGGGCGUCACUAUUGGGAAGUCCAAGUGGGCUUGAGAACAGACUGGGACGUCGGCGUUGCAAAGGAGACCAUUACCAAAAAAGGGAGGAUAACCCUGAAAAGAGAAAAUGGCUUCUUUGCCAUAGGAAAGAGGGGCCUCGAUUAUGAAGUUCAUUGUACAACCUAUGCAGCCCUCCAUCUGUGUCCCAGACCAAGCAACGUGGGAGUGUAUUUGGACUAUAAUGAAGGCAGAGUCUCUUUCUUUGAUGUUGACAGGAAGUUGCACAUUUACUCCUUCACCGGAGAAUCUUUCUCAGAGAAACUGUUCCCAUACUUCUAUCUGUACAGCUGGGUCAAGAAACCAAAGCCUUUAGUUAUUACCCCUAUGUAAGAAGAAGCAUCUGUUCUUUCUCUCAUUCACUUCCCUCAACAUGCUGAAGAAUAACCAAACAGCAUAAAGUAAUUGUUAGGUCAAACCUCACAACUCGUAUAAGGACCUUCAAAGGUAUCUUCAAAUACUUCAUGUCCCUGAAACCUGUACAACCUAAGCUAAACUUGUAACAACUGGUGACCCAGGUGAGAGUGGACUCAAAUGCACCACUCUGGAGACAGUUCAGAUAC